GAGUCGAGCAGCGCUCGCGGUCCUGGAGAGGGCGCGCUGCAAAGGCGGGCAGCCGACCAAGGAGAGCCCGAGAGCGGACUCGGACACCCCCGGGAGGGAAGAAAUGAGGUAGCGGCGGUCCCCGGAGCCAACCAUGCGCGCGCCCCGCCCUCGGAGCCCAGCGCUGCCCUGGCCAAGCCGGCCCGGACAGUGAGCUGGCCGAGCGCGAGCCCCCGGCAUCCGGCCAGAGCGAAGAUGCAGUGAGCCACGGCGGGACAGCUGCGUGGGGCCCCCGCCGCCAGCCGGACCCUCCAUCGGACCGCACUUGGGGCGAGCUGCUGAUUCUGGGACCUGCCCCGCCGAGGGGCUGUCGGUCUCCAGCUCCUCUGAGGGGUGGGGAGCACUGGCCCCUGGGCACAUUCGCUGUAGAGUUUCCGCGGCGUCUGGCCCCAGCCCCGGGCGUUGUGUGUGUGUCGGGGUGCCCUUUUCACGUUCGCCGAGGAGUUCCUGCAUAUUCUCGCACCAUCCCGGGUGCUUUUGCUGGGCUCCCUCUAUUUAUUUGGGGGCGCACAUCUAGCUUUUUUCUAAGACGUUUUCCGCUCCACUCGCGUUCCCUCUUUCUCUCAUUUUGUUGCUUGCGGGAGACUGUGCCCUCAUCCUUGCCCGGGCUGGGGUACUUCUGUGUGUGCGCGCGUGCCCCCCCCUUCUUUCUUUCUUUUUUUUCUUUUUUUUUUUGCACACUCCAAGCUGAAUAAUUUCUUUUUAAAAAAUUCUAUCCCCACUUCCUGCGGGGUUCCCAAGCACUAUCUCUCCUCCCUUCUCCCUUUCUUCCCCCACCUCCAGCCUCCCCCCACUCCUCCCCCUUCCCCGCGCCACUGGGCCGCUCCCAGGAGAGUUUUUAUUAUUUUGGUCUUGCCCGGGCCGAGCCCGGCCGCGGCGGGUGGCUCAGCGGGGCUCGCGCCUGGCGCUCCGCUGCUGCCUCCCAGCUGCGCCGGGGCGCCCUCCGGAGAUGCUGCCGUGGAAGAAACACAAGUUCGAGCUGCUGGCCGAGGCGCCGCCGCGGCAGGCGUCCAAACCCAAGGGCUACGCUGUGAACCUGCACUACUCGGCGCUCAGCUCGCUGGCUCGGGCGUGCCCCGAAGGGGCGCUCAGCCGGGUGGGCAGCAUGUUCCGCUCCAAGCGCAAAAAGCUGCACAUCACCAGCGAGGACCCCACUUACACAGUGCUCUAUCUGGGUAAUGCCACCACCAUCCAGGCGCGCGGCGACGGCUGCACCGACCUAGCCGUGGGAAAGAUCUGGAGCAAGAGCGAGGCGGGCCGUCAAGGCACCAAGAUGAAACUGACAGUGAGUGCGCAGGGUAUCCGCAUGGUGCACGCCGAGGAGCGCGCGCUGCGCCGCCCGGGCCACCUAUACCUGCUGCACCGCGUCACCUACUGCGUAGCAGACGCGCGGCUGCCAAAAGUCUUCGCCUGGGUGUACCGGCACGAGCUGAAGCACAAGGCGGUAAUGCUCCGCUGUCACGCGGUGCUGGUGUCCAAGCCCGAGAAGGCGCAGGCCAUGGCCCUGCUGCUCUACCAGACGUCGGCCAACGCUCUGGCGGAAUUUAAACGUCUCAAGCGGCGAGACGACGCGCGUCACCAGCAGCAGGAGCUGGUGGGCGCGCACACCAUCCCGCUAGUGCCGCUGCGCAAGCUGCUCCUGCAUGGACCCUGCUGCUACAAGCCACCGGUGGAGCGCAGCCGCAGCGCGCCCAAGCUCGGCUCCAUCACCGAGGACCUGCUCGGCGAACAGCAGGAGCAAGAGCUUCAGGAGGAAGAAGAGGAGCACCCCCAGAGCUGCCUGGAGGAGGAGGACCGUACGGGGCAGGGGGAUCCAACAGAGGAGGAGGCCGAGGCGCAGCGGGCGCUGGUGGUGGCCAUGCACCUAGAAUGCGGCGAUUUGCUGGACACGCUGGAGAAUGGCCGCGAGGAGGCGCUGGGGGGCGGCGGGGUCUCGCUGGGCCCCGGGGCCGGACCACUGCCUCUGUUGCUGGGUAGCGCCUCCGACAUGAAGGCCGAGCUGUCGCAGCUUAUUAGCGACCUGGGUGAGCUCAGUUUCGGCAACGACGUGCGCACCCUGCAGUCCGACUUGCGGGUGACGCGCCUGCUUUCGGGCGACAGCACCAGCAGCGAGAGCUCCAUCGAGGGCGGGGGCGCAGAUGCCACCUCUGCCACCGCCGGGGACCAGUCUGGUCUCACUGACGGCGGCAGCUCGGACGAGCCCCACUCGGGCUGAGCUCCAGACUCUUUGGUGCUCCCCACCCGUGGUCCCGACAACCUCCCUAUCCCCCGGCCGCCCCCAGGAAAGGAGAAAUGGGGUGCUGGGGGCACAGGUCUGGAGUUCCUUCUGGACGCUCCCCUGCCCCCCGCGGCCCCGCCACUUUUGGCUGUGUUUGAGGCGGGCACAGGUUGCAGGUCGGGCCGUGGGUAGAUGUGAGAGAGGGGAAAACCCUGCAAGGAAGGAGAGAGGCAGCCAGGCUGGCGUUCGCGAAGUCACCGGCCUGAGGUGCUGCCGGCCAGCUUCCUGUUUGUGGGGCGCUGGGGCCUGAGGAGGAGGGGUUGACUUCCUCCCCUCAACCCCCUGGAACGGCCCUGUACUGUCAUAGACAUGUCAUUUAAAGAAAAAGAAGUUUUGCUUUCACAAUGUUUGAGGCUUUAAUGCCAUCCAUUCGCCCCCAGUUCUUUUUGGUGUGAGAGCUUGGGCGCUUGGGCUGUUUACCUCAGACUCAGACCCUUGAAAUUCUGCCAAAUUCCUCAAAUAACUGUGUGGGGGGGGCGGGGGGAUGAAAGAAAGAUGCAUUUUGUUUACAGUUAAAGACAUCUAAUACCUAAAAAAGGAGUUUUCCUUUAGAAACACACACCUUCCUCCUGCUCAGAUAUCACUCCAUGAUACUGUGUAAAAUAAUUUUGCACUGUUGUGAAGUAUUUUUGACAUCUUUUGUUUUUGUAUAUAGCUGUUCUCAGAGCUGAAUGUUUAUAUCUUUUGCUGUGCAAAAGAAACAUGUAAAAUGUUGUUCAGUUGUCUAUACAGAAAUGUGUAUAAAGCAUUUUGUUAUUUUUUAA